UCACUGUGUGACGUAGUACAGCUUAUUGAGGUUAGAUAAACCACAGCGUCUCAUCUGAAUGCGAGCUCAGAGGGCUGUUCCCGACGAGGUCGAUACAAGAAAUGCCAUGGAACCUGUACGGAAAUAAAACUCCACUCUAACAUACAUGGAGGACACUGUAGACUUCAAGGCCCUGAGGGCCAAGUUUCAUUCUCAGACAGAAAGGGGCACCUCUAGUGGUGGAGCUUACGCCAGGCCUCACAUGGCCGGUCAUUUGCCAGCGACGUCAGACAAUGGACUGGUCCGAAGCAAACUUCCACCUGCGGCUCCAAAGCCAGUGUUUCCAGUGAACCCCAGCACUGAACUCAAGAGACCUCAAGGAGUGUUUCCCAAACCUCCUCCCUCUCACCGCGUGGGAGCUAAACCACCUGAAGCUAAAGAGGAUCCUAAACCGCCUGUCAAUGACUCUGAGAACAUAAGGAGAGUAAAACUGACAGGGGAACUUCUCCAGAACAAGAUGCUGCAACAUCUUGAGAAGAAGCCCCAGUCAUUACCCAGAUUACAACUGCCAAGCCAGAAGAGCGUGUCAGAGGUAGCACCCCUGAGAAAACCCAUUCCCAAUGUCGGACUACGACCUACAAAGCCAAAACGACCCCCGUCUGUCAGCCUGGAUCGUUUCCGUGUAAAAGGUCUUGCCCUUCAACCCACAGUCCAUCAAGAUACUAAAACACUUGAGGGGCCACCUCGACCACCAAAAACAACCCUCCUGUCUGCAACACUGCCCAUUCCACAGAGAAACAUCGAACCCGAACAGGACACAUACGAUGACAUCGAUUUGCCCCCACCUCCACCUCCCCCUCCUAAACCAUCUUCCACUGAAUCAUGGACGAGCAGUUUCUCAUCUCAGGCUGAUGAGGAGAGUGAUCAUAGUGAAAUCUAUGAGUAUAUCGAGGAUCAGGAGGAGACUGCACAGUCUGCGGUCUCAGAGAAGAAAAAACAAAAGGAACACAAACGACAGCAAGAAGUGGAAAAGAGAGAGCAAAAAGAGAGGCUGAAGAAAGAAAAUGAGUACAGAAAAAGAUUCAAACUGACUGGAGAAGUCGAGGUGCUCCACGUAGCUCGGGUGAGGGAGGACUGGCAAGGCGGGAAGAACGAUCUGCGUGUGCGGCAGGGAGAGUCUGUGGAGAUCGUACGUGUGAAGAACAACCCCGAGGGAAGAUGGCUGGCCCGAAACAUGAAUGGGGAAUAUGGAUAUGUCAGUAACAUAUGUGUUGAUGUGGACUAUGAAGAAAUAAAGCGAAAGAUUCGCAGUGCUGCUGCUCCUCCUCCCCUUCCUCUUCCUGUCGUUGAGGACGAGGAUUUCUACGACGAUGUCGGCAAAGACCCACUGAACAGCAGCCUAAAUGUGAGCGGUGAGGUAUAUGAUGAUAUUGAUCAUGGCAUACCAGAUGAUUUCCCCCUGCCCCCUCCGGAGAUAUGCCAAGACCCCAAAAAAAGCAAGAAGCUAGAGAAGGAGGAAAAGGAGUUCAGAAAAAAGUUUAAGUUUGAAGGUCCCAUCAAAGUUCUUUGCUGCAUGAUGGUGGAUCCAAACGCCAACAUCAAGAAGGGCAGUGGGAAGGACCUGACUGUUGUGCAGGGGGAAAUUCUUGAUGUCAUUCAGCAGACUAAUGAGAAGAAAGUACUCUGUCGCAAUGAACAGGGCAAAUAUGGAUAUGUUCCUAGACAUUACCUCCUGCAUGAGGAAAAUGACAUAUAUGAUGAUAUUGACAACAUGACAGACAUUUAUGAUAAUGAUGUCACUGGACCAGCACCACUGUGGUCUUGACGGCCAUUAGCUAUGCUGUAAUGGAGAAGAUGGAUAUAAAAGAGGACCUGAUGAUACUCGUUCAUGCAUCUUGAGGACAUGAGGACAGGAUGGAGGAUCAGGAGGCUCAUUCAAGAAAAUGUUGUACACUGAAGAAAUAAAUACGUGUUUGUUUGUUUGUUAGUAAUCUGAUAUUUUUACAUUCUUACAUUUCGUAUUACUAAUAGAAAUUAGCGACCACCUAAUACCAGUUGGACUUCAGCUAUUAAUUGCAGAUCAUAUAUUCCCAUAAACAAAUUGCAAAUGCCCUUCUGUUUUUGUUAGUAUGUCCUUAGGAAAAACAUCCUUUUUUUCACAAGUGAUCUUAUUAAACAGAAAACUAUCACAUAAGAACUGACUGUCUCCGUAAGGUUGCUAGGGGCCAACCAUUUUUGAAGCAACACUAUCUUGAAUAUAAAAAUAUACUUUUUUAGAAGAGAUAGCAGACAUUAAUGUGUUAAUGGAGGACAAAAGAAUUUGACUAAUUGUCUUAAGAAAUAAUACAAUUACAAUUACAUUUAGCAAUAUUUUCAACCCCACGGAUCACAAUCAGAAGUUGCUGAAGGCUUUGAAUAGUGUAAAAGUACAUCAGUAAAAUCCAAUGCAGUAUUUUGAAGAGAAAAAAAAACGGUUCAUUUCCUUCUACUUCUUUCUGGAUUGCUGGACAGGUGCCUUCUUCCAUUAAUUGCCAUUCGAUGUGAGCGAUACUGUAGCUGCUUCCUGGGUGGCACUUGGACAAGUGUAAAUUUUGGACAUUUAUCCUCAAUAGAAGAUAAAGCUCAAGCUUGAGCAAUUUUUAUCCUCAGUAUAAAAAAGUAUAAGCAUUUUGAGUGAUUCUCAUCCUCAAUAACGCAUGACAUCAGCACUAUUUGCGAGUCUAUUAUUGUCUGGCAGGGUGCACUACCAGUAUGUGGCCUCCACUAGUUCUGCAGUCUACACCAAGCAUGGGUAUAAAUCCAAUAUGCUGAUUCUUUACCACAAAAAAAUAAAAAAUAAAAAAUCAUUGUUGGUAAUGAUUAUUCCAAAUACCCAAUAGACUUGAUUUGUAGUUGGCAGUGACAAAUCUGUAAUAAUGUAAUGUUAUACAGAUGUGUACAACAUAUUCUUUCAAACCCCCACUUAUUAGUUGAACCACAGUUACAAUCUCCUCUGAAAGUAUUGUAACAGCAAGGCCAAUUAUUUUUGUUUUUGAUAUAUACUGAAGACAUUUGGGUUUGAGCUCAAAAGAUGAUAUGAGACAAAGGAUCAGAAUUUAAGCUUACAUUUCCUGAUAUUUACAUCUAGAUGUGUUACAUUUAGAGCAUGGCACUUUGGUGGCAGACCACCCAAUCUUUGGUGAGCAAAUGUAUUGGAACAGAUACUCUUGAAGUAAAUUAAAUAGCACUUAAUAUUUGGUUGCAUAUCCCUUGCUUGCAAUAACUGCAUCAAGCCGGUCACCCACUGACAUCACCAAACUGUUGCAUUUUUCUUUUGUGAUGUCUUGUUGUUUGUUUUUGGGGGGUUUCUCCAAAUGCAUGCUCAAUUGGGUUAUGUUCUGGUGCAGACAGACGCUGUAGAGUUCUGAAUUCAUUCUGCUGCUACCAUCAUGAGUUACAUCAUCAAUAAAGAUUAGUGAGCCUGUUCCAGAAGCAGCCAUGCAAGCCCAAGCCAUGACACUACCUCCACCGUGCUUGACCAAUGAGCUUGUAUGUUUUGGAUUAUGAGCAGAUCCUUUCUUUCUCCACACUUUGGCCUUUCCAUCACUUUGUUAGAAGUUAAUCUUGGUUCCAAGGCCUUUGUGGCGCUGUAUUUCUGCAAAUUUCAAUCUGGCUUUCCAAUCUUACUGCUGAUGACUGGUUUGCAUUUUGUGGUACAGCCUCCAUAUUUUUUAGACUUAUUUUAUAAAUCUUCGAAUGGGGGAUUGCGAUACCUUCACCCGUGCCCUGUGUAGGUUGUUAGUGAUGUCACUGACUGUUGUUUUGGGGUUUUUCUUCACAGCUCUCACAAUGUUUCUUCCAUCAGCUGCUGUUGUUGUCCUUGGCUGACCUGUUAAAUGGCUGGUUGUUAGUUCACCAGUGGUGUCUUUCAGGACAUUCCAAAUUGUUGACUUGACUAUGCCCAAUGCAUGUGCAAUGGCUCUGCCUUUCUCCCAUAGACAGCUCUCUGUUCUUCAUGUUGGUAUAUCUGUUUUCAUCACAAAUGUAGUCUUCGUAUGUGAAAACCGGGGCUCAAACCAAGAAUAUCCAUUCAGAGCUAUUAAUUCUUUAAACAAUCAAUUUAAUAGGGCACACCUGGGUAGCAGGAAACACCUGUCAGUCACAUAUUCCAGUAUUUUUGCUCUCUUGAAAAAGGGGUGGGUUAAAAUGAAAGGUGCCAUGUCCUAAGUUAACACGUCUAGAUGUAAAUAUCAGGAAAUGAUAUUUACCGCCCCGGCGGUUUCCCUGCAUUCAUUUCCUGAUAUUUACAUCUAGAGUCACGAAGUGUCACGAAUGUUCAUCUCAUGAUAAUGCACCUAGCCAGACAUUAAAGGACAUCAUGCACAAAUAGCAUUGUGCUUUAUUGAGGAUGGGAAUCAGUCAAAACACUCCUUUAUUUGCGUCAACGAUUUGAUUUUGUAAGAAAUUACAGGCUGCCUCUCAGCAGAUUCCACCCUGAACUGUGUUAGGAUAGGUUGUUCCCCAAAAAGGCAGAAUUAUCAAAGGGACAAUUUAUCUCAGUCUCAGCAAUAUGUGUAUAAUACCACCUAAAGUGACAUUCACACAGUUAUAGCAUGGGAGCAGCAGUGGGACAUCAAGAACCAUCUCUGAACAAAGGGCUAUGUGACCGUAAUUAGCAUUCAGAAAAACAUCUGUCUUGAUAAUCCUAUCACUUGACCAUUUGGGGUCACACCUGUAAUAACAUCCAUACUGUGAGAACAGAAAGUGGUCACAUCAAAUGCUAUCUUUAAUUUACAUGUAGAAUGAAACUUCAUUUACAUUCCAUACAGAAAACCUGGUUUGAAACACAGUAUGAAAUAUCUGUGUUGAUAUCAUUCGGGGUUCACUUUGACUCUGACGAACCCGAAGUGCUUCAUGUACUUUGUCACUGCCACGUUGUAAUAAAGUUAUUCUUCUUUGA